UCGGGGAACUGUCCCUUCCCGCUUGCAUCCCCAACCCUCUCUUUCGCCUAGCGCAAAGGAUGGAGCCUCUGAAUUCCGAGCGCGACUUAAAGACUCCCUUUUCCUAUCCUGUUUCCUGCAUCUGCCCCUACUCUUCAUUUCCUGUUUAUUGCCCUCCUUUCUUCCCCUCCACUCCUUUCUUCUGGUUUAUAGUCGCGCCAGGUUCUAAGCGAAGUCUCUCUCUCCUGGGUCUGCCUCUGUCCCUAGAGCCAUUAUUUAGUUCCUGUCCUAGACCGAUUGCAUGUGGCCUGAGCUCGGCUGGCAGUGGGAGCUAGUUUAGUAUAAUGCUGGCAAGGUCUUCAAGAUGCUGCGUUAACCCAGCAGUCACUGUUUGCAGCUACUUCAGACUUGCCUAUAAGCAGCCUUUCUAUUCUCCUUUUAAUUUUUGUAAAACAUGGCUGAAGACUCUCAGAGAAACUUUCGUUCAGUAUAUUAUGAGAAAGUUGGAUUUCGUGGUGUUGAAGAAAAGAAAUCAUUGGAAAUACUCCUCAAGGAUGAUCCUCUGGAUUUGGAACACUUUGUAACGUAUAGUCAGCGGUUCCCUCUUCCAUCCAUGUACCGAGGCUUCGUGUGGAAGGUGCUUUUAGGUAUCUGCCCUCCUCACCAUGAUUCUCAUGCUCAGGUCAUGAUGUACCGGAAGGAGCAGUACACAGAUGUCCUACACGCCCUGAAAGUCAUUCGUUUCGUCAGUGACUCCACUCCUCAGGUGGACGUCUAUCUGCGCAUGUAUCAGCUAGAAUCUGGAAAGUUGCCUCGAAGUCCUUCCUUUCCUCUGGAACCAGAAGAUGAAGUAUUUCUUGCUAUUGCCAAAGCUAUGGAAGAGAUGGUUGAAGAUAAUGUUGACUGUUAUUGGCUUAUCAGAUGCUUUGUGAACCAAUUAAAUAACAAGUUCCGGGAUUCCUUACCCCAGCUGCCAAAGGCUUUUGAACAGUACUUGAAUCUUGAAGAUAGUCGUCUCCUGAAUCAUAUGAAGUCAUGCUCUGCUAUAACCAAACUGCCUUAUGAUCUCUGGUUCCAGAAGUGUUUUGCUGGCUGCUUACCUGAAUCCAGUUUACAGAGAGUUUGGGAUAAAGUUAUAAGUGGUUCCUGCAAGAUCCUAGUUUUCGUUGCUGUGGAAAUUUUAUUAACCUUUAAAAUAAAAGUAAUGGCAUUGAACAACGCUGAAAAAAUCACAAAGUUUUUGGAAAAUAUCCCUCAGGACAGUUCAGAUGCAAUUGUGAGCAAAGCCAUCGAUCUGUGGCAUAAACACUGUGGGACUCCAGUGCAUUCCAUGUGAGCCCUUCCCUUCCUUUUAAACAUCCACCCGAUGCACUCUGAGCACGUGCUUUUCAGAGGCUGACUAUAGAGUUUGCUAGAAACAUAUUCUCCUGAGCUGACUAAAAAUGCUUUGGGACUUGUUUUCCUUAUCAGUUGGUUUUUUUUUUUGGAUUGUCUCAUGUUAAAAAUGUAAAUAUUUUUUCAAUAAAACUUAUUUAAUUAGAACACCUGUUAUUUCUGUGAUACGGAUCAGGGUUUUUUGAGGGAGCUUGGAUACAAAUUCAAUUCCCUCUGCCAACUGUUUAUCAAGGGCCUAGGAUUUGUAGCUGCCUUGUGCUAGGUACUGGUGAUAAAGGGCGAAAAAGGACAUAGUACCUGCCCUCACAGUGCUUACCUUUCACUAGGGGCAACAUGACAAAGCUCAGUGUUGAGGGGUAUU